AUGGCGUCAAGAUUCGGAGCUAUGGCAACGGCAAUGCGCUCGUUGCGUCGAACCCUCACGACUGAUUCGCACGCCGACUUUUCUCGCGUGGUUAAAACGCCUCCAACGGCCUCUGUGCAGGAUCGCAUCGCUGCACACCUCAAGGAGUCGAAAGUAGUGGUAUACAUGAAGGGCUUGCCCUCUGCUCCGCAAUGCGGCUUUUCAUGGAAAACUGUGCAAAUCCUGAACGCCAUGGGAGUAGAAUAUCGAGCGCAUAACGUCCUUGUUGAUGACGAUUUGAGGCAGGGGAUUAAACAGUUUUCGGCAUGGCCGACCAUCCCACAAGUCUACGUGGACGAGGAGUUUGUCGGGGGCUUAGAUAUCGUCGAAGGCAUGGCCCGAUGUGGCGACUUGAAGAAGCUUCUGAACGAGAAGGGGGUGCUCGAUGCCGAUGCCCAGAAGGCAAAAACCGAAGGGAAGACAGAUUCUUGA